AGCAACAACAGACAGCUCAACAUUGUUGAUCCUAUAAUUAAUAUUGCUGCACCCUGCUUGCUACAUCUGUUCAAGGACCAAAGGCAAUCCAAGUAGCGUCAUGAGUACCGUUCUGUCCAGUCUCGUCUGAAGGUGGCCUUCCUUUGCCUAGAUCCCCCAUCCCAUCAUGCCGAGUCUACGCGGAACACCUAACACCUCGCGACUCUCUCUGACUCCAUCUCGGCAUUCUCAACGGGGAGGUGUUGUCAACGAUCAACUCACGAACAUCAAAGGCAAUGCAUCGACUUUGACGAACGGAAGUAUGGAGAUUGACCCGGCGUUGUUAGGUGAAGAUGGACAGAUGGACAUUGAUGGUUAUGCUGAGGAGGACGCUGAAGGUGAGGAAGUAGAUGAAGAGGUGGAUGCGGAUGCAGAUGCGGAUGCAGAUGCGGAGGGCGAAGUGGAACAGGUGGAGAUGAUCGGACAAGAGGUGAACGGAGCUGACGGUCCAUUCGGAGGAGAUUUCGAGUAUGAUCCUCCAUCUCAAUCCUCUCGUGGUGGUCCGAGUCGACCCGGUCGUCCGUCUCGCGCGUCGAGUUCUCAACGACGUGCCUCCUACGACGAAUUCGCGAGCUAUCCUGAUCCUCUGCGUCAUAGUCCCGCUCCAGCUCCAAUACCUCCUAUGCAAGCUGCCCCUCGAGGGCGAGGACGACCACCCAAGAACGCCUCGCUGUCAGCCUCUCGAUCGGCCCCCAAGUUGUCCGAGCAUUUCAGUGGUACGCCGAAAACCUUGGCGAAGGGUAAAGGCAAACAAAUCGUGGCGAAAGCCGGUCCCAUAGGCCCCGCCAAGGGCAGCAAAGGAAGCGGUCAAUCAGGCGAAAAGUUUCAACAUGAUUUUCAUUGUUCUUUCUGCCUCGGAACGGACGAAGCGAAUCGCCAGGGUCAACCUGAGCGUAUGCUGUCUUGUGCUAGAUGUGGGCGAAGUGGACAUCCGACGUGUUUGAAUAUCAUCUCAAAGAGGUUGCUCAAGACGGUCAGAGAGUACGAAUGGUGUUGUAUAGAGUGCAAAACGUGUGAGAUAUGCGGGAUCAAAGGAGAUGACAAUCGCCUCAUGUUUUGUGAUGGAUGCGAUCGAGGAUGGCACAGUUAUUGCUUAAAUCCGCCACUUGUCAAACCGCCGAAAGGCCAAUGGCUAUGCCCUACUUGCAAUCCACCCAGCUCCUCCUCCUCCCAUCCUAAUUCGAAAUCCGCACCGAAUCUCAGCUCUCUGUACAAAGGCAAAGGCAAAGGCCGAGCCUCUGAUCUAUCCCUCUCACACUCCCUAUCCCAAGUCACGCCUACCCGUGGACGAGGUCGACCGAGAAAGUAUCCCAUCGGUGUUUUGGAUCCUUUGAUCAAUGGCGUCGAUGCGCCCGGUUCUCACGGUCCAAAAAUCAAGCUCAAAUCGGGCAAGAAACGCCAGGAGACGGAAGACCAAUCGGAGGAUAUGACGCCUGGUGUCAAUGGAAACAAGAUGAAAAUCCGUCUGAGGAUACCAAGUGGAGGGAGACAGCCUGUGGAAGUAGAGAGUGAAGAGGAGAAAAUCCCUUUUGGGGGAAUCAUCACAGGUCCUGACGCUGAUACGACCAAGACGAGCAUACGGGAGACAGAUCAGGCGGCAUUCGAAAAGGCUCUUCAGGCUGCGGAGAGCAAGUUGAGCGCGUCGUCGAACGGGCCUGGAGUAUCAGGAGAUCCGACAAGGACAAUGACGCCCGCAUCCCCGGCUCCGUCAACCAAUGGAAGCUCUUUCCCUCCGACAGCUUCAAAGAAUGGUCAAAUGAAUGGACACUUUUCGACCGCUACGCCUCUGGCCAAUCGAUCCUUGAGAGACCGACUACUGAAUCAAUCAAUGCCCACUCUAGGCACACCCGGCGAUCAGACGCCCACGAAUGGAUCAGUGAUACCGGGCACGCCUCUACACAUGCCAUCUUUAUCCGGUGCUCAGAAGAUCAAGAUGAUCCGAUUUGGAGUAUUUGAGAUUGAUACGUGGUUUUCUGCGCCGUACCCUGAGGAGUAUCAACAUGUCCCCGAUGGUCGACUGUGGAUAUGCGAGUUUUGUUUCAAAUACAUGAAGAGCGGGUUCGUAGCGGAGAGGCAUAGACUCAAAUGCAAAGCUCGUCAUCCGCCUGGUGAUGAAAUCUAUCGAGAUGGAUCCGUGUCGGUCUUUGAAGUGGACGGCAGGAAGAACAAGAUCUACUGCCAAAACCUCUGUCUAUUGGCCAAAAUGUUUCUCGAUUCCAAAACCCUCUACUACGAUGUCGAGCCAUUCUUAUUCUACGUCAUGACGGAAGUGGACGAUAUGGGCGCACGAUUCGUCGGAUACUUCAGCAAGGAGAAGAGGAGCUUGGACAACAAUGUCAGCUGUAUCAUGACUCUCCCUGUGAGGCAGAGAAAAGGAUGGGGUCAACUUUUAAUUGACUUCAGCUAUCUAUUGUCCAAAAAAGAGGAACGGGUGGGAGGUCCAGAGCGACCUUUGAGUGGUCUUGGCGAAGUGACAUACAAGAAAUACUGGUCACUUGCAAUCAUGCGAUUCCUACGUGAUUGCACGAUUCCGAACCCGACUCUGGAAGACAUCUCCGCGGAGACCAGUAUGACCCUCGAAGAUAUCUACAUGACGCUGAAAUAUGAAAAUAUGAUCAAUGUUUUCGAUACGCCACCUCGCGAGAUACCUUCCGGUGGUGCCGAUAGAUCGUACGGUCGACCUCGAGGUCGAGGUCGAGGACGACCGCGAUCCCUAGGCAAUCGACGUCCGCCUCGACCUAAUUCGGCCACUCCCGCUGAAUCAGAAGACAAGGAUAAAGUUGUCCUUCCUGAACGAUAUGAAAUUACCUGGGACGCAGAUUACAUCCACGUCGUGUUGAAGAAACAUGAUUCAAGAGGUUAUUUGACUUUACGACCUGAACGACUCAAGUAUCAUCCUUUUCUGGUCAGUCGAAAUGCUCCCAAACCCCCUGGCGCGCUUGCUCGAGCGACAUUGAUGGCGAAUAAUCCGAAUCAACGGCGAGAAAAGGGGGACGAGACAGGUCGACAUAUCAAUGGCAAGGUGGAGCCUCCUCGUGGACAUGCAGAGGCAGAUGCCUCUGGCGGACAAGCAGGCAAAGAGGAUGCGAUGGAGACACCUGAAAAAGUCAACGCGGGUCAAGAUCAAGCUACAUUGGAACUUGUCGCCAGACUGUCUGGUGGUACAGGACGAAAUCUUCGACAUCGCACUACUUCAGUCGUAUUUGAUCCGGAUGACCAGCCGAGCUCGAAACGUCUUCGAACGAGUAGAAGCGCUACCUCUUUACGUGGACGACGUAUGGCUGAGGAACAAGGCGACGACCAUGAUGACGAUGAAGCAGAGGGGGAAGUGAAUGAGGAGGAAGAUGAUCCAUUACGGAUCGGCAAGGGGAUGAACGGUACGCCAAAGCGAGGUGCCAGAGAGACUCGAUCAAGAGAAUCCAUUCUCAAGCAGCCGAAUGGUUCGGACGGAUCACUUCGGAACGGGAAAAACAUGUCUCCGCGGCGGAUUCUACGUGGAGACAGUGAACUUCGGGAAGAGACCGAAGAGGUCGAAGAACCUGUGGAGGAAGGGAUCGACGACGACGACGAUGACGAUGAAUGGCAAGUUGAUGAUGUAGAUGCAGAUGCAGAUGCAGAAGGGGAAGAAGAGGAUGAAGAAUGGGUAGAGUGAGGUGGCGUACCAGUCCAGUCGAGCGGCACGGCAUGCGGGAAAUGUUUUGAAAUGUAGUCUAUAAAUGGUCAUGCAGAGUCAGCCUGGGCUCGCGGAUG